CCACGUUACGAUGAGGUGAAACGUUUAUUUUCGUCCCGAUGUGUGUAACAAGCUUUCGGUAAUGCAACCGUGGUUGCUAACCCCAGUCUUGCCCGCGAAGACCGCGCCGUGUUGGAUUUAGUUAGCCCUCGGAGUCACUGACAGACUCAGGGUUUCAUCUACACCUUGUUCUCGGUGUGGGAGUUUACCGUCAUGUUAUCGUCUGUUCCCGGCAGGCUGCUAGCGCGAAGGUCGCGCAGCCUUUCACCUUGCAGCCUGGUGCUGCACACCAACACCGGCGCCCAGACCCAGGGCUUCCGCGAGAGCCCGGCCGGCGCCGACCGGAACCCCAUCGUGUCCACGUCCCGGGUCUCCAGGAGAGGGAUCUUGGCUGAGGACGCCGUCGGUCCCCGUGUGAACCCAUCGGUGCAGUACCACCAGCUCGCCACCAGGUGGCUGUCACACCUCGAGAACCGCCGCAGCGCCUGGGCCGCUCUGGCCAGCAGGGGGCGCCAGAACCGCUACUGGGAGGACAGCCGGCAAAGAGGGGAGGACCAGGGCCGGGGCCAGGACCGGGGCCGGAGCCAGGACCGGGGAUCAGGUGGUGGAGCCGGCCGUGCAGGAGUGGCCUCUGCCGGUGUUCUCUCCACUGCAGCAGUGGCCUUGUGCCUCAGGAAAGACUCUGAAAACAAAGGUGAUGCUCUUUUGGAGGGUGCUAGGACCAGUAACUCUCAGGAUGUGGCCAGGCUGUUAAAAGAAGGUGUGGAUCCAAAUCACCGUCACCGUCUGGGCUGGACCGCUCUCAUGGUAGCUGCCAUGAACCGACAGCACAGUGUGGUGAAGGUUCUACUUGAAGCGGGUGCUGACCCAAAUGCCGGAGACGACUUCAACAACGUCUACGACACUUCACGGGAGAAAGGGAUCCAUUCACUGGAAGUCUUGGUGUCCAGAGAGGAUGAAUUCAGCAGCCGGCUAAGCAGCAGGGCUGGUUUCCGUGGUUGUACAGCGCUUCACUACGCCACACUGGCUGAUGAUCCACUCACUGUCCGCAUGCUUCUGGAAGCUGGUGCCAACCCCCUGCAGACCAACGGUUUGGGACACAUGCCUCGAGCCUAUGCUAAAGACGGAGAAGUGAGCACCCUGCUGCAGGAGUGGGAGGGAAAGUUUAAGGAGCUGCAGGCUCGGCGGGAGGCCGAGGAACGGAGGAGGUUCCCCCUGGAGAGGAGGCUGAAGGAGCACAUCAUCGGACAGGAGGGGGCCAUCAAUACUGUGGCUUCAGCCAUCAGGAGGAAGGAGAAUGGCUGGUAUGAUGAAGAGCAUCCUCUUGUAUUUCUCUUCCUCGGCUCAUCAGGAAUCGGAAAGACAGAGUUGGCCAAACAAGUGGCCCGAUACAUGCACAAGGACGUCAAAAAGGGUUUCAUCCGUAUGGACAUGUCCGAGUUCCAGGAAAAACACGAGGUGGCGAAGUUCAUCGGGUCUCCGCCGGGUUACGUAGGACAUGAGGAGGGAGGUCAGCUGACCAAGCUGUUGAAGGCGUGUCCCAACGCUGUCGUCCUGUUUGAUGAAGUGGAUAAGGCUCACCCUGAUGUUCUUACCAUCAUGUUGCAGCUGUUUGAUGAGGGUCGUCUCACAGACGGUAAAGGAAAGACCAUCGAGUGUAAAGAUGCCAUUUUCAUCAUGACAUCAAACGUUGCGAGCGAGGAGAUUGCCCAGCAUGCACUGCAGCUCCGGCAAGAAGCUGAGGUGGUUAGCCGCAGGAAGCUGGCUGAAAACCUCGAGGAUGUACAGAAGGGCGAGGACAUCAAAAUCUCCAGACAGUUCAAAGAAACUGUGAUUCGACCAAUCCUGAAGGCUCAUUUCCGGAGGGACGAGUUUCUCGGUCGGAUCAAUGAAAUCGUAUACUUCCUGCCGUUCUGUCACUCCGAGCUGCUACAGCUGGUCAGCAAAGAGCUCAACUUCUGGGCCAAAAAGGCUAAGCAACGCCACGACAUCACCCUGCAGUGGGAUCGACCAGUGCUGGACCUGUUAGCGGGCGGAUACAACUUGCACUACGGAGCCCGUUCCAUCAAACAUGAGGUGGAGCGGCGAGUCGUCAACCAGUUGGCUGCAGCAUACGAGCAGGAGCUGCUGCCCAAAGGCUGCACGCUGCGACUGUCCGUCCAGUCAGAUGGCAAGGAGGAGCACAGCACGCCCAGCCUGCGCCUGGAGGUGGUGGGAGAGGACAGUUCGAGGACGCUAGACAUCCGGCCACCGCUCAGCCCCGAACACUAAGCUGAAAUAUCAUCGCCAUCAUCGCCCGCUGUCAGUAGGAUGAAUGGAUCCUUGAUGGAUACUCCAAAUAAAAGUACCUCUAAAGAAAUACAACAUCACUGCCUCUCUGAUUCAGUACGCACACGCAGUAUUGCCAUUUUUCCACUACGUGCAGUCCCCCGGUUUGCUGUUAGUGGUCCGAGACAAACAAGCUACUUGACCUACAACAUUUCUUACUCCAGGCUGUGGUCGGUCUCGUCUGAGGGAGACGAGCACAGUUGGGGUUUGUUGGUCGCAUCAGGACCAUCAAACAUCUCAUCAGUGAAUGUGAGACAUUAUAUUCAUAUCUGUUGUAGCUGUUAUACGAUGUGAUACAUGUGAUAAGUGAAUGUUUACUUCAUACUGUAGAAAAGGCCAAAUGAUUAAAUAUUUAUUAACGAUAUUAGUUCAAAUGAAGACCCAUGAGAGAUUGUGUGCCUGUCCGUGGAAGGAUGAAUAGCAUUUUAAAGCCAAUUAAGAAGUGAAUGACAAAUAGAGUUCUGUACAACUUUGAUUUUAACAAGCACAUAAUCACAUCAUUUUAAAGUUGAACAAAUAAGUUGACACAUAUCACUUAUGGAUAGAUCCACAUCAGCACUGCUACAUUGAUAAGACACAGAAACAACCUGCUGAUUCAUUUCAUUUCCCUCAUAGAAUGUGUUGGGAAAGGAAAGAAAUAAAAUGAAAGCUUAGCAGCACAUGUGAAUCGUUUCUGUUGAUGCAUGUCGACGUGAAGAAGUCUCGUCCCUGUCAGGCUUUAGUGAUGUGAUGUGCCGUCUGCGUCGAGAGAAAUUUAGCGCCAUAAAGAAGAACGUUGAACGUGUUGUAUCAUAAAUAUUUGAACAGCAUGUUGAUGAGGCACCAAAUGUAAUCGAGCUACAUCUUUCAUUCUUGUAUCCCAGCCUCCAGUAUGUAAAUAAAGCCAUC